AUGGGGAUGGCUACUUUUUACGCUUUUAUGUCGGGUAGAUUCAGGUAUGCGGGGUAAAAUGACACACACUGGUCUUAAAAUAAUAUACCGCGUUAGACAACAAUAAAAAUAACAGUAGCUCUUCAAAUAAUUUGAUUACUUUCAGCGAUCCAGAACAAUGCCUCAGCUACACGGGAAUGCUGGUGGAGCACUUCAACGGACACGUUCGCUACGGUGCCGCAAUGGCUUUGGGUUUGGCGUGCGCCGGCACAGGUCAUAAGGUAAGAGGAAUUAUAUCCGAAAAGUUUUUUGCAAAGGAAACGAGUAAUGGGGAGCCAUGAAUAAGGGGGUAAUAACCACAAUGACCAAUUGUUAUGAUGGAACGUUUUUGAUGAGUGAUAAAGACACAUACAUUUCGAAAAUACAUAAAAUUCCCAUUAUUUGGGAAUGUGAGCUCGCAAUUUGAGGGACCGGGCUGGGCUGGUGAUUUGCGGCCAAGCUUCUAAACAGUUUUGCUUGUGGGGAGGGUUAAUCUAAGAAUUAGUUAUUGGCACAUUAACUCUACGACCGCCAAAGGCAUUUCCUCAGAAUGACUUUGAGCCAUGAACGAGGGUCUCCAUUCAUUCUUUUCCACCCCUUGAGACGGAUAAAUCAAUGAAACUGGGCCGCACAUAACAUAACGCCUGUGAUUAGUGGAAAUAGCCAAUAGCACAAUGCCACGCCCAUGUACCGAUGCCAAGUGUAAUGACGGUUAUUGGAAGUGGCUGACCUGCACGUAGCACAAAUGUAAUCCAGAAAACAGUUAAUUAAAACCUUUUGAUACAAAACCAACCGAAAGGCAGAGCUUGUUGUUUGUGGACUCUGCAUGUUUCCCAGGGGUUGAUUUCAUAGCGUAAAAGCUUGCUAGGUACGCUCGGAAGUUUAAUUCCCACGACUUUUACACACUGUCUAAUCAAGUUUCUCAAUGUAUCUUAAUAUAGUAAAGAGCUGGCGAAUCAAAAAUAAUAUUCCAGGGAGCGAUCAGCGUGCUGGAGCCUUUGCUUUCGGCCAAGGAGAACUUUGUCCGACAAGGUGCUGUUAUUGCCUUGUCGUUUGUUUUGAUUCAACAGACCGAGGCAGCAUGUACAAAAGUGGCGGAAUUCCGGAAGACCAUCAUGAAAAUGAUAGUGGAGAAGGGCGAGGACUCUAUCACCAAGGUGAGUAUUGAAUAGUUUCUAUUUUUGGUUCUUUAAUUAUUAUUUUUAAAAUUAUUUAUCUUUUCAGUUUGGCGCCAUCAUGGCUCACGGUAUUCUUGACGCUGGAGGCCGCAACGUCACCAUCUCGCUUCAUAACAGAAACGGUCACUCUGACAUGCCUUCUGUUGUAGGAUCUUUUGUGUUCCUACAACACUGGUACUGGCAUUCAUUCUCGCACUUUGCUUCAUUGGCGUUCCGUCCAACUUGUUUGAUCGGAUUGAACAAGAAUCUACAAGUAACUGCUUGUCUAUACCUUGUUUUGAUGGUCGGAUGAUGAAGAUGAUUUGUUUAUUGUUUUUAGAUGCCAAAGACCGAGUUCCGUUGCAAUGCCAAACCAUCACUGUUUGCUUACCCGCCACCGCUCGAGGAGAAGAAGAAGGAGGAAAGUGAAAAGGUUGAGACUGCCGUUCUGUCUAUUACCAACAAGAAGAAACAACACAAGCGUACAGCAGACAAGGAGAAGGAAAGUACAACAGCGUCAGCCUCAGCGACCGUCAAGGAACCCACCAAGGCCGAAGAACCUGAACGAAUGGAAAUUGAUGACGAAACCACGAAGAAGGAUAAGGUCGAGGAAAAGUAAGUUCACGUCAAACAAGUAAAACAAAUGCUUUAGUACUUUAAAACGGUGUAAAGGGAACUUUAUGAAACUAUAUAGUCCAACAUAAACAAGGUUUACUCUACGAGGUGUGGGGUUACUGCAAUAAAAUGACGAUUCCUUGGGGGAACGGCGCAUAUGGUCGACAUUUCCAAACCGAAAAUGUGUCCAUGUUUGAAAAGUUUGAUGAAUUGGGAUAUAAAAAGGCAUAAUGACAACACGGUAGUAUAAACCAGAAUUAAAUACCACAGGAAAAGCGAUAAAAAGUAAUGGCUAAUCUUUGAAAGUCUUUUGGGAACGUUUCGAAAAAUAAUUCUGGCGAAAUUAAGGCCAAGUAUUUAUAAGUUCUCUCGUACUUGCACGCACUUUGGCAUAAGGAUGUGCUUUAAAGUUUGUCGGGGACGUCUUAUUAUUGUUGUUUUGUUGCAGGAAGGAGACCGAGCUCAACUUCUUCCAUCUCACCAACCCAAGCCGAGUGAUCCGGCCCCAGCUCAAGACUUUAUCGGCCGAAAACCCACGUUAUCACCCCUUGAAAGCGCUGUCAAAUGGAGGUAUCAUCUUGUUACGUGACACGAAACCCACCGAGAAGGAGGAGAUUGUGGAGUUGUCAGCAGCUGGAGGAUCGACUUCUGAUGGAUCCUCAUCUAGCAGCUCGGAAACACCAGCCCCAGCCACUUUCGAGUUCAAUCUCAAAUCGUACUAA